AAAGCGCCCAUUUUCCUCCCCAAACGAAAUGGUCACUUUCAUCAUUGGAAUAGGCGACAGUCAAGAAACCUUUCAGAUCCACAAACAAAUCGCAUGUCAACAUUCGGAAGUCUGGGACCGGGCUUUCAACAGCGCUUUCAUCGAGGGACAAAUGCAAACUUACAGCAUUCAAGGAUACGGAACCUGACGUUUUCAAGUUGUUGAUGCAGUGGGUUUACCAGGAAAAGUUUGACCAUGUUCACUCUGAAGGUUUCGAUCGCCAUGAAAGCAUUUAUGAAAUUCUUAAAUGUGAUUUUGAAUAUUAUACUCUGCCGCAGCUUUGGGUUUUGGCCGACAAAUUCCUCAUUCUUAGACUCCAGAAUUACACUAUGAACAUCAUGUGCAGAAAACAGACUGUCUGUAAAACAGACAUGUCUAUCAUGAAUUAUUCAUAUGUAUAUAAUAACACAGCUGAAGAUAGUGCCCUUCGUCGUUUUGUGGUUGCUCAGAGCUGUUGGGGCGAAGAUAAAUUUCAUUGGACCAGGGAUGCACUUGAUCUUGAGAAGAAGCGUUACCAGAAGCGUUACCCGAAGGAGAUGCUGAUGGAUAUGGUGACUGUCUUCAAAGCAUCAAUACCCGUGUAUAUUAGAGAGCAGAAACAAUCUAUGGAGGGAGUAUCAUUGGAGGAUUUCCUGGUUCCCGAGAAUCCUAGUACUGGUAGGUACUUUAUCUUUGCAAUAUUUGACAUGUUCGCUAAUGCUACUACAGCUUCUUGAUUAGAACUGGGCCCAGUAUCAGUACUUUGAGGAGCAAAGGCUAGCUUCACACGAUCUACUUGACUGCGGAACAAUAAGGGAGGCUUUGUGGUCGGGAUCUUGAUGUGCACACGAGAAUGUGGUAGUAGGGAUACAAGACUUACACUGCUUAUUCGUUGCAAUGGCAUGGAAUCUACUAGUUUGAAGGAGUAACCAUACAACAUGAAAAGAUGUUCUUCUGAGAAUGUUUCUGCUAUUAUUGUGUGACUUUGUUUGCUCAUCAAAGAUUUCAACAUGUGGGCAAAUAAUAGCCGUUCAAGAUAGUGAUGACAAUA